UCUACCAACGUGGACCUGAUCGUGAUCGUGACAUUGUUGCCGGGAGUGGUAAUCAGUAAGUGUGCCGUCGUUAAACAAGUGAACAAGUGAAGUCAAGUGACGUACGAUCGUCUUUUAGUAUCGGCAUAAAUCUUAAGCAGAAAGUACGGUUUCCGACGCCCCCACUGGGAAGUGAUCUUACGCGGAUAAGGAACGGUACACGUGCCACUAAUCACCAUCAUUAACGGGGUUGUCGUCGACCUCAAAGAAGAAGGAAGCGUAUUUACGAUCCGUUUGGCAUCGGAGUGACGCACGCGUGGAAGUUUGUGGAACUUUUGGUGGCCUGAGAGGAUCAAUCCAGAACGCGUAAAUACACAAUAUGGUUAUUAUGGGCGUACGACUGAGGACAAUGAUCGACUCGUGUCUGCUGCCGCUGGUGACGAUUGGUUUGCUGGCAGCCAUUGCACCGGCGACCGCACAGGUGCCCGGGUUUGGCCAGUGCCCAAAGGUACCGGUGGUGGAAGGUUUCGACACAUUCGCGUAUCUGGGCCGCUGGUACGAGCAGGAAAAGUAUCCAUUCUUCUUCGAGCUCGGUGGACGCUGCAUUACGGCCGAUUACACGCUGAACCCGGACGGUACGAUUGGCGUCCUGAAUCGGCAGAAAAAUUCAUUAACUGGCAAUGAAAACACCAUCAGCGGAUCGGCACGCAUCGUGGAUUCGGCCAAGCUAGCUGUUAAAUUUCCCAGUGCACCAUUCAAUGUUGAGGCACCCUAUUGGGUUAUCGGAACAGAUUACAAGAGCUACGCCGUGGUGUACGCGUGCUCGGAUCUCCGAGGACUCAUCAGUGCCAAGGUAGCGUGGAUUCUGACGCGCAAACGACACCCGGACAUCGAGACGAUGAAGAAGGCGUACGCCGUGUUGGACAGCGCCAAGAUCUCCCGGGCGUACCUGACCCGCACGGACCAGAAAAAUUGCGAGGAGGUGAAGAAAGUCUCCAAAGGUGUUUUCAAAAGUACAACCAUCCGGGGUUGAAUGCAAGCGGGGGUAUUUAAAUCGAAAGACUUAAUGUAAGCUAAUAAAUAAGAUCCA